AUGCGCCCCAACCCAACAAUCAAUGUCAGUUUUGGCCACUUCUCCACCAUUUCCCUGUCUCGCAAGAUGUUGCGCUUCCAUCCCGACUUUACAACGCCGCUCAACGGGUUAAUCCUCCAAGCCUCGGACGGUCUCUGCUUCCGCUUCAGCCGUCACACCUUGGUCGGGAUCUCGUCCUUCUUUGAAGACAUUUGUUCCCUACCCACACCACCCGACUCGGACGGUGACGAGAUUAUCCUUCCGUUUCCCACUAUUGGCUCAGCCGCGUUGGCCUGUUCGCUCCAUAUCCUCAAGGCGAUGUUAAGCAACUAUCCCCCCUUCGACCCCGUCCCAGCACCGCCUUUUGAGCUCAAGCUGCUGGAAGAGGUGUUCACCUUUGCCGAUGCCUAUGAUGUUCCAGUCAUCUUGGGAUCUAUACUUCUGCAAGCCCUAAAGACACAUCAAGCGGACUCUGCUACCAUUUUCACGGUCGCUGCUGUUACAGGUUGCAAAUACACUAUGGCUGAAAUGUCGACCAAGCUACUCACCCACGAAAGCGAGUUCAACGCCAACGCUUGGUGGGCCGCCACACUCGAGCGCAAGGAACCUCUCAUCCACGCGGCUGUAGCGAACAUGUACUUCGCGUGGCACACUUUCUGCCGGGACUUUCGCCGCGACAUCUUUUCUCCCCCGCCUACCCGUCGUAGACUCUUGCGGUUCCUCCCGCAGUCGUUGUUCAACUAUUGGCACCUGCGUACGGUGCCCGUUCCCAAAAACUUUGAAGAAAAGUUCAAGCACAGCCCCUCAGACCCAUGGCUUUUGCAAUCCACUAGGAUCCCUAGAUGGUGCUGGAGUUGCAACGAAGCGGAAAUAAGAAACGUUCGCUGCCGGUGGACGUCGUUUAUCCCCUCCUCGGCUUGGAAGAUCACGUUUUGA